AGCGGAGAGGGCGGGGCCGGCGGUUGCCUGGCCAGCGCGUCCGGCGCGGUGCUUAGGGCCCAGGGUUUCGGGGUCACGCUUCCUGAUGGUCCCCAUCUGGCGGGGGCCGGGCCGCGAAUGGGAGCCGUGCCACCUCGCUGGCACCUUCCAGGCGGCCUACUGAGGCCUUGAGCGGGUCCCCUCUGGAGCUCCCGUGCGCCCCCGCCCCAACCCCAGCGCCGGUAGCCGCCCCUCCCUGUGCAGCCCAGAGGGUCCGGGGCCCAGCUUUCCCGUCCCCACCGCGGCCACAGGCCCCAACGCCUCUAGUCUCCACUCUUCCCCGGUCUGGCCCGUGGAGGUGGUUGGUUACCAUGGUGAAGCUGGCAGCCAAAUGCAUUCUGGCAGGGGACCCCGCAGUGGGCAAGACCGCCCUGGCGCAGAUCUUCCGCAGCGACGGAGCCCACUUCCAGAAGAACUACACGCUGACAACCGGGGUAGACUUGGUGGUGAAGACGCUGCCAGUUCCUGACACAGGGGACAGUGUGGAGCUCUUCAUUUUUGACUCCGCCGGCAAGGAGCUGUUUUCGGAAAUGCUGGAUAAAUUGUGGGAGAGUCCCAACGUCCUGUGCCUCGUUUACGACGUGACCAAUGAGCAGUCCUUCCUCAACUGCAGCAAGUGGCUGGAGAAGGCGCGGUCACAGGUGCCAGGCACCUCCCUCCCAGAAGGAGAUGGAAAACUACGAAGCCCCCUUCCAGUGCCUGGCCCGGCAGUUCCACCAGCUGUACCGGGAGAAGCUGGAGGUUUUCCACGCGCUGGCGUGAGGGCUGGGUGCUGCGGGCGUGAGCAGUGGCCCGGCUCCUUGGAAGACGAGAGAAGAUGGACUUGCCUCAGCACUUCACCUGUUGUGACAGCUUCAAAUAAAAGGAGAAAAUGUACAAGCAGCAGCUCCUUCCGCUCUUGGCCAGGGCAGGCCUGGUUCCAUUUUGCACUUGGCUGCUGGUUCCAGAGCAGCCUGGGAGCCAGGCGGGGGCCUGGCGGGCCUCCUGUGGGGGCUGGCACUGUGGGGGUGGGUGGUCCCACCUUCCCCCGAGAGCAGCCCCACAUUGUGCCGGGAUUGCUUACAAUUUGCUGCAGCUGAGAUGCUCUGCGUGGA